AUGGGUUGCUGUGGCUGUGGUGGUUGUGGCUAUGGCAGCUGUGGCGGCUGUGGCAGCUGUUGUGGCUGCAGUUGCUGUGGCAGCUGCUGUGGCUGUUGCAAACCUGUGGUCAUCUGCUGCCAUCGCUCCUGCUACGGCUCCUGUGGCUGCGGCUCCUGUGGCUGCGGCUCCUGUGGCUGUGGCUGUGGGAAGGGCUGCUGCCAGCAGACGUGCUGCUGUCAGAAGCAAUGUUGCUGCUAG